UCGACAGCGGGGCCUAAGAAUCAUUCACAAUCCUCGCCUGCACGCGCACUGAUCGCUCUUGUCCGAUUGCCGCGUCACAAGCCCAUGAGUUAAGCUCUGUCCCCGGCCCUGAGCCCUCCACGCCACCAUUGUUCCUCCGUUUCUGCCCUAGAGCUUGCUUGCCAUUUGCCGCCGCUUAAUUCUUUUCCGUUUAUAUAUCCCCAACGGUUAAUCCUGUCCGGUUUAUUACCAUCGCUACAUCUUGCCACAAGCUCUACACCAUCAAACAUUGCUCAUCUAGCUCACGCAUGCACCAAUAAACCUCGCGCCGAGACCACCUCGGCGUUAGCACCCUUCACCACCAAUGACCGAUUCCAUUUCGCCAGAGGAGCUCGGCUUCGACGACUCCUCGCUGGCAUUUAUCAACACAGAGACUAUUGAUCCAGGAACCUUGUCAGAUCCUGCUACCUCUGGAGACGACUCCUCGCAGCCUAUGUUUGGCGCAGCAGCUGGCUGGGAUUUACCCCAAGCACCAGCUUUUGAUGCCUACGAUGUCGACGCUACGAUAGCAACGACAUCCAUGGCGAACGAGGCCCUGCUGACCUCAACAUGGCAGUUCCCAGCGUUUCCAGAACUCGCCGGUAUGGCGUCCGGACUCGACGUCAACGCCGCCUUUGAUGCGGCAAACGUACCGGAAUCCCUCAGAGCCUCCCAAAUUCCUCUCGAGAAGCGCCGAGAACCAACACCCUUGACAGCUGAAGCGCAAGAAAGGCUCCGAAACAUUGCCAUGCCACCAAACCUACGCUACAAGUCCCCUAAAUCAACGCCUAGUCCUACGUCGGGCAAGACCGGUCAAACGUCAUCGCCAAACUCUACGGACGAGAUAAAAAAGGCUUCCAGGAAGCGCAAGGUCUCCAGUGAACCGGAGGAUGAUGAUGAUAUUGAGGAUGACGACAAGCCCAUCAAGAAAACCGCCCACAACAUGAUUGAGAAGCGGUACAGAAACAACAUCAACGACAAGAUUGCUGCCCUCAGAGACAGUGUACCGAGUCUUCGCAUCAUGUCGAAGAGUGCCAAAGGCGAGGACACCUCACAAGAUCGCGAAGAGCUCCAUGGCCUUACCCCAGCACACAAGCUGAACAAAGCAACGGUCCUGAGCAAAGCUACAGAAUAUAUUCAGCACCUCGAGAAGCGAAACUGUCGAUUGCAAGAGGAAAAUAAUGCUAUGCAGGCUAGAAUAACCGCCUUCGAAAAACUCUUUAUGGCUGGCGCGAUGAAUGGAUCCAUCAGCUCAGUACCCCAACCACCUCAGCCCAUUCCAUACGCCGUGGACGGGUCUCAACGGCUCCUACGAUCACCAGUUUCUGAUGGUAGCAAUGAGAGGCCAGUAGGGAUGAUUCAGGUACCGGAAGACAUGCGACGCAUCCUCGCGGCACAGAUGGCUGCUGGCCAGCAACCAUACCCUGUCCCUUCACAGCCCUACCAAGAUGAACCACAGAUGAUUAGCCAACAACAAAUCCAGCAACACCCAGUACCGCAACACCAAGGAGUGUGGGCGAAUACAGCACCUUAUUUUGGGAAGCUUAUGGUUGGCUCCCUUGCCGGGCUUAUGAUUCUUGAGGCUAUCCGUGAAGAUGAACAGAGCACUGAAACUCCAGAAGGACGAGGACUGUUUGCAAUCCCCAUGCAGCUUGUUCGCACCACAAGCAAGACCUUUAAUUUCAACAUUGUUGCAUUUCACACUCCCGUUUCUAUCAAGAUGCUCCUCUUCCUUGGUCUGUUCCUUUGGGUAUUCAUUCCGUCGCUGUUUCGACCUACGAAGAAGGAUGAAGAUAAGUGCACGUCUUCUCUAGAAGCCGGAUCUUCACCCGCCUCAUCAAUUCACGUUCGCCGACAAGCAUGGUUGACAUCCGUUCAAACUGUCUGGGUCCCUCGCCAUAACUUCUUCCUCGAGGCUGCUGCGCUCAUUGCCAAGACUAUUAAGCUGAGUCUGAGAAACCUAAUAGGACCGGGUGGGUACCAGGCUCUUACCGGAUUUACCGAAGAACAAGAAGUUGCCCGAGUCAAGGCUUGGUCAAUUGCAUUGGAUUCUCAGUUGGCGGGCGGAGACGUAGAGAUUUGCAAGAGCCGCUUGGUGCUUACACUUCUCGCAUCUGGUACUCUUCCAGAUACGCCCAUUCGCUUGAUGCUUAAAGCUCUGCAUAUUCGUGUCUUGCUCUGGGAAAUUAACCGAUCCCCUCUACAAUUCGGGCUUGCCAAUGUUAUUGCCUGCAAACUUGCCCGUACGCAAUGGAACGGCGCACGACGUUUGAACCAGAUGCUGAAGCAGCUGCGAGAUGACCCAGAGAUCUCUCACGAAGACGAACUCCCCGAUCAUCUUGCCGUGCUGGCUGAGCUUGAGUGCGACGAAGUUCUCAGCAAAGCCGUCAUUCAACGAGCACACAACCUAGCCUUUAAUAGACACACUGAUCAUUUGAUUGAAUCCGUCAUUGACGGCAUGGACUCCGUCGUCAGCGAUGUCUACAUUAGCUCACCUAUGGAUGCGGUGGCAGCCUGGUGGUCUAUGGAAAAUGUGCAUCGAAUCUUGUCAGACCAUUUAAAUGGAAACGUUACUCCACCGGAUGCCGUUGACGCCGAGCUUGAACUCGCGAUCCUGGCUACGCCGGUCGGCUCCAUUGCCAUGCUUCGAGCCUCCCUUGCCCGCGCCAUCCUAGUCAGCAAGAAUCGCGGGGGAAACAUCGCUUCUGCCAUCCAGGCGCUAGGAACAGAACAAAUUGAGAGCCCGUUUAGCGAAUCUAGGCUAAUCAUUGGGUCUGGUGCACAUGCGUCCAACAAGAAGCUCCUGCUGCCGCUUCAAUGCUCAGUCACAAUGGCCCACCUGUCACGUUCUGACCAUUCCGUUUCGAUGCAUGCGAAUCGCCUGCAAAUCAUUCGAAGCCUUGCCAGUCUGGAAUCGAAAGCAUCCAUGAGCUUGCUUGGAUUCGCAGCUGUGAUUAUGCUUGUUGAACGGGCGAUGGCAUGCAUUCAGGACUCGGACGAGGAGUUCGCCAAUGAAAAAGCUAUUCUCGAAGCUCUUUCCAACAGCCUUCGCAACUGGAUGACUGGUAAAUACGGCAUCCAUGCUGGUCUUGAGAACGAGAUUCGCGAGAAAGCCAUCUCUCGUUGCAUGGCAGCCAGCAAAGGACUGGCAACCACGACGCUUGACGCGGGCUAUGUCAGUAUGAGUGAAGAGGAGGAAGUCAAGUGCUAGUUAACGGUACAGACGUGAACUUGGGUUGUAUCAUACAUUGGAACUUUUGUCUCUUUGUUUUAUUUUGGGUCGUCACUCCCCCAUUAUCCUUUAUCUCUUGUUUUCUUUGGCGCCAGAGGUGUUAGCGGUAUGGACCGGGCAUUAGGGGUUAAAAUGCUAUAUAUAUCCUUGAACAUCUCAUCAUGUACGAUAGAAUCAUUUGCAAAAUUAUACCAUUCGACUCAAAAAUAAAUGGCGCUGUCAUGUGAAGCUGUAUGGUUGACUUGCUAUAAAAUACAGUCACAGGCACGCGUAGAUCGUCUUGGUCUUUACUCAAUCUAUGCAUCAUGAUAGCUAACAUAUUAAGACUGUUCAAAGUAAGUCCAGAAUUCGUCUCCAAGACUCGACGCAUUGAUAUCAGCCAUUAGGCUGGAGUCAAAGAUGUUAACA